AAAAAAUGUCAAGCACAGAAAAUUCUGAAAAUAAUUCUGCAAAUCAAUCUUGCCCUGAAAAUAUGACUUUGCAGAAUAAAUCAAUGACAAUUUUUCGACCUAUAAUUCCUUCCGAAAUGAACAAUAAUCCAACAGUAGAAGAUCAAAGGCAAAGAGUCAAUCGAGCCUGUGAUGAAUGUCGACGUAAAAAAGUUAAAUGUCAAAGAUUAAAUACUUUGGAAAUAUGUAAAAAUUGUAUAGCUAGCAAAAAAGGAUGUACUUAUAAUACAAGAUCUAAAAAAAGAGGACCUAGAAGAGGAUAUAUAGGCAUUUUAGAGAAUAGACUUAAACGUAUUGAAAAACUACUUGGCAGUUUGAAUACUAACUCAAAUAAUGAACUGAUGAAAACAAAGGAAUCAAUCAAUCGAAAAGAUCAUAAUCAUAUUGAAACUACUUAUGUAGAAAACAAAAAAGUAAAAAUCUAUAACGAUAGGCAUCCUAGAGCAAGAGUUGAAUGGUUCUUGAAUAAGGUUCGACAAAAUUAUUUAUCGAACGAAGGCCAUUUCUUGAGUGAAUACAGUUUGAUUAGCUUUAUUGCAGCAAGAAAAAUAAAUACUCUCAAGACAAAGGAAUUGUUAUCUCAAUAUGGUAUUGAAUUACAAUAUAAUCCAAAUGGGGAUCAUCUUCUUUUAAAGAAAGAAAACUCAUUUAACGACCGUCGCAAAGAACAAAUUCAAGAAUUAAUUGAAAUUGGUGUCAUCCAGCCACAUGAAACGAUUAAAGAUGUAGACGAUUGGAUAUAUAGAGUUACAGGAAUAAAAAGAUAUCCAAGUGAUCAAUUACUUCGAGUUUAUUUUGCUUAUAUUCACCCAUUGUUACCUAUUGUGAAUAAAAAGGAAUUUUUAGAAGAAUAUCGAGGCAUUCGAGUUACAUUUCCUGCUGGUCCCAUAUUAAAUGCUAUUUAUGGUGCUUCUAUUCGUUACAUUGAAAAUUGUCAAAAAUUUAAUGGUACAGAAAGUCUAGAUAAUGGCUAUCCAUGGGAUUUACCUAAAAAUAGUGUAGACAAGCUAUUUAAGAAUUUAUUUUCAUUUUUGAAACUAAAAUAUGUCCCUCGUUUAUCCUCCAUUCAAGCUGCUAUCAUUACACAUAGUUAUUAUGCUAAUGUUGAUAGUUUAACAAAAGGAUGGCUUUUUAAUUGUAUUAUCGUUAGAAUGAGCCAAGAUUUAGGCUUGCAUAGAUCUACAAAGGACUGGAAUAUUUCUCAAGAAGAGAAAGAGACUCGUCGAAUGGUUUUUUGGUUUACAUACAUAAUAGAUAGAUGGUCCUGUGCAGGCACAGGCCGUCCGUUAACUAUUUUCGAUGAGGACUGUGAUGAAAUGUAUCCUUCCGAGAAUGUUAACUUGGAUGAAGUUAUGGAUAGGAUGACUGAAACAGAUAGAUAUUUACCUCGUUUUCCUUCUUUAGAUGAGUAUAUCGCUGAAAAGGCAACUGGAAAUGUUAUCCCAAUGUAUCAGCCAAUUAUUCAACUUUUAAAAUUAUCUGAGAUUCUAGGACGUAUUCUACAAGGAAUCUACACACCGAUGGCUAAAAAGCAUAGUGCUAAAUAUGGUAGUGAUGCCAUUAUAGCCUAUCUGGAUGAUGCAUUAUCCAAGUGGCGAGCAUCUCUCCCUCCUUUACUUGAAAUCUCAACUGCUGGAGAAAAGCAAGGCAAAGAACAUAUACCAUUAUUGACAAUGUCAGGACUUAUCUGUAUUUCUUAUUGUACAGUUCUUAUUCUCUUACAUCGUCCAUUUAUUGAAAACAAUGGAAAAUCAAAGUUAUCUUCACAAAGCUCACACACAAUCUGUACGAGUGCAGCUAUUCGUAUCAUUGAAGUCUUUGAAAAGAUGCAUUAUCAAGACUUUUUCAUGAUUUCCUGGGAUGCUAUCAUUGCUGAUGUUGCCAAGUCGCAUCUUAUACGCGCUCUAGCUUUAGUCGAUAAAUUAUGUUUGUUAUUACCUACCACAAAGAAUAUGGUCAAUAUUUUGAGGAAAAUGAUUAUGUUAAGUUCAAUUUUUGAGAAUGACCCAGAAUUUGAAAAUAUCAAUAUUGGCUGUUCAAAGGAUCAAUGCCAUACUUCUUCCAAUAGUCAAGAUAGAAAUGAUUAUGAUGACGAUGAACAUGAUUCGAAUACCAGAGAAACCCAUCAAUAUUCAUUUUUAGAGCAAUUCAGCGAGGCCUUUCAAAAAUCAUGGGUCUCUGGAAACGGACAUUUACAAACAAAGGAUAUGGGAUCACCCUUAUGGAAUGAAGAUUGGUUAAGUCAAUUGUACACUCCUAGUAUUGUUCAACAACAAAGUUUUACUGCUAGUACAGUAAAUCAACAAAAUACACCUAUCUUAACGCAAACACCUUCAAUCAUAAAUUAUACAGCUCAACAGCAAUACCAACAAAUACCAAAUAAAGUAGAUGCCUAUUCGAUUCGUCAAUUUGGGUUUAAUACACUAUUAAAUAAUGAUGAACAACAAGAGAUAGAUUUUAGUAUGCAACCCACUUUUACUACCAGUGGUAAUAACUCAGCAUAUUACCCUACUCUUACUAUGACCCCAACAGAUAAAGCAGCAUUGUUUCCUAUGUAUUCAUUAGGUUUUGAAAUUCCUAAUUUCUAUUUUGAAGGAGCAUCUAAUAUAGAAGAAACUAACUUUUGGAAUAAUUUUAAUCAUACUCAGACGGGUAGCAUAAAUGAGACUCAUGCCUAUAACAACAAUACUGUAAGAAAUGAUAAUAACGAUCUUUCUGCAAACUUUCGACUUAAUCCAGAGAAUCCAUUCUGGGGAAUACCAAGCAGUAUGGAAAUGAAUGAAUGGAAUGAUUAUUUUUUUCCAAGACAGCAGCAAUAGUCAGGAGAAAAAGUAAACAAUUUAAAUAUUAAACAGCAUACAAAGAAUAUUAAUAAAACAAAUGUG